GCGGGGCGUUUCUGCUCUGGAUUGCUUCACCGGGGAGGUCACCCUUUUACCUUUAAAUAUCCAGGAGAACGAGAGCUACAUUAGAUGCUGUCUCACGACCUGAAGAGCGUCUCUUAUCCAGAAGCCUUGGUCAAUAUUUCCACUGCUACAAUUAAUUAAUCAACUAGUUAACCUUUAGCUUUCAUUUUAAGGAAAGGAGUCUUCUGCACCAGGCUAUCCUGACAUAAAGAAAAAUGCUGAGCGACAUCUUCUACCCUGACAACCCUAAGAAAAGGGAGCAGCUCAUCCGCAAAGGGCAGGAGCUUCGAGAUCUGAUGAAGACGAACUUCAGAGUCACCAACCAACUGGCCGACGCCAUGAACAAGUACUUGAGCUGCUCCUUCGAACACAUCUCCCUGAUCGAGUGCGCUACGCUCCGGGAGAACUGUAGUCUGAUUGUGGGAAGCGUGAGCAACAUAAUGGCCGUGAUCGAGAGGAUCGACAGGGAGCUGAAAGACAAGCUGGAGCCCGGCCUGUACGAGAAACUGAGGAAAAUGUCUCUGUCUUCUGCAGCCUUUAAAGAGAUUUCCAAGGCUUUCGAGGAAGUUGGCGGCGCUGCCACCGUGGAAGCUGCCGUUUUCAUCGGUUAUUUAAUCGAUAACGUGACCACUCUGGCGAACGUCAUAAAAACGUACGCUAUAAUUGUAGCGGGGAAAUUCGCCUGCGUUAAGCUGUCGGUGGUGUUCUUGGGGGUCGACAUGAUCGUGAAGGACUUCAUCGGGAAAUUCGAGCGUGAUCAACUGAAGACGGCCCUCGAAGAGUACGACAAGGUCCUGGAUGAGUUCAGGCCGGCGUCUGAACAGUAUCAGGAUAAGAUCACCUACGUCAGAAUGAAAAUUGAAAUAGAGAAAGAUGAAAUGCUGGCUUGAAACGUUUCUGAAAGGUGCGCUGGAAUUCUUAAUUGUUGUCACGUCUUUGCGCUUAAAAGUCUCGCUCAGAGUGACAAUGUAAAAAGAAACAGCCUACUGCUAAAUAAAUUGCAGUUCUUCAAUUAAAA